AGUGCCCUAACACGGGGGACUGCGGGAGCAGGGGCCGGGGUCCAGAGUUGCAAACUUUUUUUUCUCCAGCGUCUUUCUCUACGUACAAGGAACGGAUCCGUCUGCCCAGGCGCUGCCUGGCUGCAGAGGGCAGCGAGAAGGCAGAGCCCGCGCCCCGGGCUGGGUGUCGCAGUCCCCGCUGCCGUCGUCUCCGCGCAGCGCCCAGCGACCUCUGUCGGGGGCUCCGGGCAGCCGCCGCGCGCCGCCCCCCGCCCGGCCGGGAGGAGGAAAAGGGGCCGCGCCCGGGAGCGCCGGGCCAGGCUCCUCCCGGUGGCGUGUCCGCGCCUCGGGGUGGGAGUGUGGAGGGGCAGAGGGAGGGGGCGAGGCCGGGGGAGGAGGAGAAGGAGGUGCCUGCCUCCAACCUGCCCGCGGGAGGUGUGUGGCUGUGGGGCAAUUGAAAAAGAGCCGGCCAGGAGUUCUCCCAAACUUGUCGCAACUCCGGGCUCGCGCAGACUGCAGGAGCGCGGCGGCGGCGGCUGCCCGGGAGAUGCGCGCGCGGGCGGGACGGUGAACGCCUCUCCCUCCUCGGGCUGCGAGGGCGCCGCCAGCUGCGGGACCCAGCGCGGCGGGAAUCGACGACUUCCCCGGGCGACGAGGCGACCGCCGGUUCCAGGUGGCCCAGACCGCACGCAGCGUCCGCAGCGCUCCCCGCAGGCGACAGGAGACGCCGCCGCGCCGUUCGCUCGCCCCUUCGAGGGACAAACUUUUCCCAAACCCGAUCCAAGACCUUGGACCAAACUUGUCGCGCGUCGCCUUCACCGGCAGCCGUCCACGCAGGGCGCUCCCGUCUCCGGCGAGAUGUCCGAGCGCAAAGAAGGCAGAGGCAAGGGGAAGGGUAAGAAGAAGGACCGAGGCUCCGGCAAGAAGCCCGCGGCCGGCGGCCCGAGCCCAGCCUUGCCUCCCCGAUUGAAAGAGAUGAAAAGCCAGGAGUCAGUUGCAGGCUCCAAACUAGUUCUUCGCUGUGAAACCAGCUCUGAAUACUCCUCUCUCAAAUUCAAAUGGUUCAAGAACGGAAAUGAAUUGAACCGAAAAAACAAACCACAAAACAUCAAGAUACAAAAAAAGCCAGGGAAGUCAGAACUUCGUAUUAACAAAGCAUCACUUGCUGAUUCUGGAGAGUAUAUGUGCAAAGUGAUCAGUAAAUUGGGAAAUGACAGCGCCUCUGCCAACAUCACCAUUGUGGAUUCAAAUGAGAUCAUCACUGGCAUGCCAGCCUCAACUGAAAGACCAGAUGUGUCUUCAGAGUCUCCCAUUAGAAUAUCAGUGUCAACAGAAGGAGCAAAUACUUCUUCAUCCACGUCCACGUCCACCACUGGGACGAGCCAUCUUCUAAAGUGUGCGGAGAAGGAGAAGACUUUCUGUGUGAACGGAGGCGAGUGCUUCAUGGUGAAAGACCUCUCAAACCCCUCGAGAUACUUGUGCAAGUGCCAACCUGGAUUCACUGGAGCAAGAUGUACUGAGAAUGUGCCCAUGAAAGUCCAAAACCAAGAAAAAGCGGAGGAGCUCUACCAGAAGAGAGUGCUGACCAUAACUGGCAUCUGCAUCGCCCUCCUCGUGGUCGGCAUCAUGUGUGUGGUGGCCUACUGCAAAACCAAGAAACAACGGAAAAAGCUUCAUGACCGGCUUCGGCAGAGUCUUCGGUCCGAGCGGAACAACAUGGUGAACAUAGCCAACGGGCCCCACCACCCCAACCCCCCUCCCGAGAACGUUCAGCUGGUGAAUCAAUAUGUAUCUAAAAACAUCAUCUCUAGUGAACAAAUUGUUGAGAGAGAAGCAGAGACAUCGUUCUCCACCAGCCAUUAUACGUCGACAGCUCAUCACUCCACGACUGUCACCCAGACUCCUAGUCACAGCUGGAGCAAUGGACACACGGAAAGCAUCCUGUCAGAAAGCCACUCGGUGAUUGUGAUGUCAUCAGCAGAAAACAGUCGGCACAGCAGCCCCGCGGGGGGCCCAAGAGGACGUCUUAAUGGCAUGGGAGGCCCCCGUGAAUGUAACAGCUUCCUCAGGCAUGCCAGAGAAACCCCCGACUCCUACCGAGACUCUCCUCAUAGCGAAAGGUUUGUGUCAGCCAUGACCACCCCGGCCCGCAUGUCACCUGUAGAUUUCCACACGCCAAGCUCCCCCAAAUCGCCCCCUUCGGAAGUGUCUCUACCCGUGUCCAGCAUGACGGUAUCCAUGCCCUCCAUGGCACUCAGCCCCUUUGUGGAAGAAGAGAGACCCCUGCUUCUUGUGACUCCACCAAGGCUGCGGGAGAAGAAGCACGAGCACCACCCUCAGCAGUCCAGCUCCUUCCACCACAACCCCGUGCAUGAGAGCAACAGCCUGCCCCCCAGCCCCUUGCGGAUAGUGGAGGACGAGGAGUACGAAACCACCCAGGAGUACGAGCCAGCUCAAGAGCCCGUUAAGAAACUCGCCAACAGCCGGCGGGCCAAAAGAACCAAGCCAAAUGGCCACAUUGCCAACAAGUUGGAAGUGGACUGUAACACGAGCUCCGAGAGCAGUAACUCAGAGAGUGAGACAGAAGACGAGAGAGUGGGGGAAGACACGCCUUUCCUGGGCCUGCAGAGCCCCCCUGCAGCCGGUCUGGAGGCAGCACCCGCCUCCCGCCUGGCCGACAGCAGGACUAACCCAGCGGGCCGCUUCUCUGCACAGGAAGAGUUACAGGCCAGGCUGUCUAGCGCCAUUGCUAACCAAGACCCUAUUGCUAUAUAAAACCUAAAUAAACACAUAGAUUCACCUGUAAAACUUUAUUUUAUAUAAUAAAGUAUUCCACCUUAAAUUAAACAAUUUAUUUUAUUUUAGCAGUUCUGCAAAUAGAAAACAGGAAAAAAAAACUUUUAUAAAUUAAAUAUAUGUAUGUAAAAAUGUGUUACGUGCCAUAUGUAGCAAUUUUUUACAGUAUUUCAAAACGAGAAAGAUAUCAAUGGUGCCUUUAUGUUAUGUUAUGUCGAGAGCAAGUUUUGUGCAGUUACAGUGAUUGCUUUUUCACAGUAUUUCGGCAGAGACUCCCAGAUCUUCUGUUUCGCUGGCUUCUGUGCAUUGCAUUAUGAUGUUGACUGGAUGUAUGAUUUGAAGACUUGCCACUGCCCCUCCGAUUGCUUGUAGUAGCCCUUGGUCAGAAUGCCUUGUAACGGCACAUCCAUCCAAAUGCUCCUCUUUUGUAUGAAUUUUUGUUUGCUUUCAGAAUAUGAAAUGAGUUGUGUCUAUUCUGUCAGCCAAAGGUUUGCUUCAUUGGGCUCUGAGAUAAUAGUAGAUCCAACAGCAUGCUACUAUUAAAUACAGCAGGAAACUGCAUUAAGUAAUGUUAAAUAUUAGGAAGAAAGUAAUACUGUGAUUU